CCGUGAAACAUUAUUCCUGCCAAAUUGCAAAAUAAUAAUAAUAAUAAUAAUAAUAAUAACAUUAUUCUUCUGCAAAUUGCAAAUUGCUUCCUCGAGCUCGGCGUCCAUCGUCUUUGUCUGCUCAGCCGCGCUUCCGUCGCCGUUUGUUUGCCGUUCACGUUCGCGUCUUCGUUCAGCUGUUGUCUUCGUUCGCGUUCUUCGCCGUUCACGUUCGCUCGGCGUUCACUCGCCGUUUACCGUUCUAGUUCGCAUUCGCGUUCGUCUGGAAGCCACGUUGCUCUGCUUCAAACUCUGCGACCAACCCGCGCGCUCCACUUAGCCGUCGAACUGCUCUCUUUUGUCGCCGCCGUGAGUUCCCUAAACCCGCCACCAGACAAUACACUCACACAACACCAAUACUCUGCUUCAAACUCUGUAACUUCUGAUUUCUAUUAAAACCCGCCCCACUGCCACCCCUAGCUGCCGCCUCCUCUUCUCAGUAUGUUUUUGCCUGUUUUUGUUUAAUUUUGUUUUGUUGUAGAGGGUAACGUUCUGGUUUUUGUUAAACUUUGUGUUAAAUAACAUUUCAGUUACAUCCAACCAGAAAAGCACAAAAUAAAAAUAAAAAAAAAAAGAAAGAAAAAAGAAUGCAGUCUCUGACCCUGAGCAAGAGGCUCUCUGCAUCCAAGCCUAUCUUCAGAAUCUCUCCUAACCUCGUCACUCAAUCAUCAACCACCUCCUCCUCUUCCACCACCUCUCCGCCACCUUCGUCACCGAUCUCCACCGCAGAUGGCGGCUCCUCCUGCCAUUCCUUGGCUCUCCUCAGCUUACUCCGCGCUCCCAGGUCCGCUACCCAAAGCCUCCGAACUGGUGUCUCCGGAUCUGACGUUAGAGAUGCAAAUCUCGCUGGAGGCCAAGUGCGCGCUUAUGAGGUUCAGCCUCACGGUGCAGCUGGUUAUGCCACUGCUACUACUACUGGCGAUAGCAUCCAGAGGAAGGAGCGAGACAGUGGAUUGAGGAAUGUAGGUCCGAAGACAAAGAGAGAGCAGCUGCUAAAAGCCACUGCACUUGUCGCACUUCUUUUUAUAUUCCCAAACGCCUAUUCCAUGCUCGCAGCGAAUCUCUUUGUAUUCUGGCACAUAAGUGCUGGUAUUGAAGAGAUUUUGGCUGAUUAUGUCCACCAUGAGAUGACCCGAAAUUACGUCGUGAUUGCUUUCAAAUUGUUCCUGAUAAUUGCAAUGAAGGAUGUGUUCCUGAAAUUUGUAUUUGUAUAAUCAGAUAGUUAAUAAUUUACUAAAAUUGUGCUUGCAUUUCUGCAUAAUAAGAGCUCGAUGAGUUGUAAACAUGAGAAAACCCUUAUUUCCAGUUUUCAGUUGGUUAUUAGAGGUGAGGCAACAUGAUAAUUUUCUGAUCUAUAAAGUUAAUGAAUGGCUUUUAGUGUGUAUUGCUCAAA